ACAUUGCACAAGAAAAAUCAAAUAUGGGUAAUUUAGCAGAAACAAAGCCACAUGCAGUGCUGGUUCCAUUUCCAUCUCAAGGUCAUAUCAAUGCAUUGUUCCAACUAGCAAAACUUCUUUACCUUAGAGGCUUUCACAUAACCUUUGUUAACACUGAAUACAAUCACAAACGAUGGCUCAAAUCAAGAGAUUCUAAUUCUCUUGAUGGCUUUAACUUUGAGACCAUACCAGAUGGUCUAACACCACUAGAAGGUAAUGGUGAUGUUACUCAGGAUGUAGUCUCUCUUUGUCAAUCAAUAAGAAAGAACUUUCUUCAUCCCUUUGGUGAACUUCUUACAAAACUUCAUGACUCCGCCGUUGCUGGUGUUACACCACCAGUCACUUGUUUAGUUUCUGAUUGUUUCAUGCCAUUUGCCAUACAAGCUGCUGAAGAACAUGCACUCCCAACCAUUAUCUUUAACCCAUGCAAUGCAUGUACAUUUUUAACCUCUUUGCACAUUCGUACGUUGUUGGAGAAAGGUCUAAUACCACUCAAAGAUGAGAGUUAUCUGACAAAUGGAUAUUUAGACAACAAAGUAGAUUGUAUUCCAGGAUUAAAGAACUUUCGACUGAAGGAUUUGUUAGACGUAGUAAGGACAACAGAUCCAAAUGAUUCUCAGGUAGAAUUUGUCAUUGAAGCAGCAGAUACAUUUCACAGAGCCUCAGCUAUUGUUUUCAACACUUAUAAUGAGCUUGAGAGUGAUGUAAUGAAUGAGCUCUAUUCAAUGUUCCCCUCUUUAUAUACCAUUGGCCCUUUAUCCUCCUUUUUAAAUCAAACUCCACAAAAUAAUUUGGAAUCUUUAGGUUCCAAUCUUUGGAAAGAAGAUACCAAGUGUCUCAAAUGGCUUGAAUCCAGGGAACCUCGGUCGGUUGUAUAUGUGAAUUUCGGCAGCAUUACAGUUAUGAAUCCAGACCAAUUACUAGAGUUUGCUUGGGGUUUGGCAAAUAGCAUGAAACCCUUUUUGUGGAUCAUUAGGCCUGAUCUUGUCAUUGGUGGCUCGUUUAUUUUGUCAUCCAUGUUUGAGAAUGAAAUUUCAGAUAGAGGCCUAAUCGCAAGUUGGUGUCCGCAAGAGAAAGUACUAAACCACCCUUCAAUUGGUGGAUUCUUGACUCAUUGCGGAUGGAACUCAACGAUUGAAAGCAUAUGUGCUGGAGUUCCAAUGUUGUGUUGGCCUUUCUUUGCCGAUCAACCAACAAACAGUAGAUAUAUCUGCAACGAAUGGGAGAUUGGAAUAGAAAUCGAUACUAAUGUGAAGAGAGAGGAGGUGGAGAAGCUGAUCAAUGAAUUGAUGGCGGGAGAGAAGGCAAAGAAGAUGAGGCAAAAGGCCAUGGAGUUGAAGAAGAAGGCUGAGGAGAACACUAGUCCAGGUGGUUGUUCAUACAUGAACUUGGACAAAGUUAUUAAGGAUGUCUUUAUAAAGAGGGUCUAGUUAUAUUUAAAAUGUAUGUCAUAUAACUAUGAUGCAUUAUGUUAUUUCUGUUCAGUAUGGAGAAUGACACAAAUAAUUUU